CACAAGGACUUCAAGGCCGAAGGCGGCGCCUCCUCUUCCUCCUCCUCCUCCUCCUCUUCCUCCUCCCAGCCGAAAAAGGCGGAGGGCAGCGUGGGGGUGCAAGCGGGGGCCCCCCCGUACCCCAGCCCGGCCGUGCCCCCCCCGCCGCAGCCCCUCUUUGAGGCCGCCGGCGCCUUCAACGCGCCCCAGUGGGGCAUCGUGGACCUCUCCAGCCACCAGCACCUCUUUGGGGGGCUGAAACGGGGUGGGACGGUCGCGGUGACGACGGGGACAGCAGCGGUGGUGGGGACCCCGGCGGCCCCCCCGGCCCCCCCGGAGGCAGCGUCGAAGGAGGAGAAGAGUUAUUUCCGCCGGCUGAAGUAUUUCAUGGAGCGGCGCUUUCCCUGCGGCGUCUGCCAGAAGUCCUUCAAGCAGUCGUCCCACCUGGUGCAGCACAUGCUGGUGCACAGCGGCGAGCGGCCCUACGAAUGCGGCACCUGCGGCCGCACCUAUAACCACGUCUCCAGCCUCAUCCGCCACCGACGCUGCCACAAGGAAACUGCCGAGGACGGCGGCGCUGCCGGCGUCACCCCCGCGGCAGUGGCCACCACCUCCGGGGUCAUGCCGGCACCCAACGGGGCCGGUGGGGUCUUGCCGGCACCCAACGGAGUCAACCCGUUGGCGAGCGGGGUCAACGCGGCGCCCAACGGAGUCAACGCGGCACCCAACGGGGUCAGCCUAGCGGCGAGCGGGGUCAUGCCGGCGCCCAACGGGGUCAACGUGGCACCCAACGGGGUCAACGCGGCGCCUAACGGGGUCAACGCGGCGCUGAGCGGCGUCAUCCCGGCACCCAGCGGCGUCAUCCCGGCGCCCGGCGGGGUCAUCCUGGCACCGAGCGGGGUCAUCCCGGCGCCCGGCGGGGUCACUUUGGCGCCCGGCAGUGCCGCCCCAGCACCCAGCGGCACUGCCCCGGACGGCCCCUUCACCUGCUCGCUGUGCUGGAAAGUCUUCAAGAAGCCGAGCCACCUCCACCAGCACCAGAUCAUCCACACCGGCGAGAAGCCCUUCAGCUGCUCGGUGUGUGCCAAGAGCUUCAACCGGCGCGAGAGCCUCACCCGCCACGUCAAGACGCACUCGGGGCUGCUGCGGGUGCCCUGCGCCGUCUGCGGGAAGGAGUUUCGGGAUCCAGCGUACCUGCUGCGGCACCAAGCCGCCCACAGCGGCCAGCGCCCCGACUACAAGUGCGAGGUCUGUGGCAAAGCCUAUGCCGCCCCGCAGAGCCUGCUGCGGCACCGGCAGGUCCACGCCGGCCCCAAGGCCGGCGCGGUGGCGUACCCCGGCGUCCCCAAGGGAACGGCGGCGGCGGUGCCCGUGUUCCCCAGUGCCUAUGUGGCACCGGAGGGGGAGGUGAAGGCGGCCGACGGUGCCGGGGGCUUCUUAUCCCCCCCGCCGGCCGCGUUGCUGGCGCCGGGGAAGAGUUUCGGCUGCGGCAUCUGCGGGCGGGCGUUUGGCCGUCGAGAGACGCUGAAGCGGCACGAGCGGAUCCACACCGGGGAGAAGCCGCACCAGUGCGCCGUCUGUGGCAAGCGCUUCCGUGAGUCCUUCCACCUCAGCAAGCACCACGUGGUGCACACCCGCGAGCGGCCCUACAAGUGCGAGCUCUGCGGCAAAGCCUUCGGCUACCCCCAGAGCCUGACCCGGCACAAGCAGAUCCACCGGCUGCCCUUGCCCUGCGGGUUGGGGGGUGCCGGGACCCCCCCCGAGGGGCUGAGCUACGGCUGCGGCGAAUGCGGCGAGCGUUUCCCCGACCUCUUCCGCGCGGUCAACCACAAGGAAGCCCACGCCGGGGAGAAACCCUACGGCUGCGACGCCUGCGGCAAAGCUUUCGGCUUCAUCGAGAACCUGAUGUGGCACAAGCUGGUUCACCAGGCCGCCCCCGAGCGGCUGCUGCCCGAGGGGGGGCCACCGGCCGAGAGCGGGCUGCAGCCCCCCGAGGAGCACCCGGUAGUGCCGAGCGGCGAGCGUUUCACCUGUGGCACCUGCGGGCAGAGCUUCAAGCAUUUCUUGGGGCUGGUGACCCACAAGUACGUCCACCUGGUGCGGCGGACGCUGGCCUGCGGCGUCUGCGGGCAAAGCUUCGCCGGCGCCUACGACCUGCUGCUGCACCGGCGCCGGCACCUGCAGAAACGCCAUUUUGGUUGCUCGGUUUGCGGGAAGCGGUUUUGGGAAGCGGCGUUGCUGAUGCGGCACCAGCGUUGCCACACCGAGGAACGGCCUUACCGCUGCGCCGUCUGCGGCCGCGGCUUCCUGCGCUCCUGGUACCUGCGGCAGCACAAGGUGGUGCACACCGGCGAGCGCGCCUACAAGUGUGCCCUCUGCAACAAGCGCUUCGCCCAAUCCUCUAGCCUGGCCGAGCACCAGCGCCUCCACGUCGUCGCCCGCCCCCAACGUUGCCAAACCUGCGGCAAGACCUUCCGUUACCGUUCCAACCUCCUGGAACACCGGCGCGUUCACCUGGGCGAGAAGGUUUACCGCUGCGAGCUUUGCGGCAAGAGCUUCUUCUACCUGUCCUCCAUUCUGCGGCACCAGCGCUCGCACGACGCCCGCCGCGACCUGCGCUGCUCCGCCUGCCUCAAGCUCUUCAAGGACCCCAAGUACUUCAGCAAACACCUGCAGACCCACCAGGGCGGCCGCCCCUUCAAGUGCAGCACCUGCGGCGAAGCCUUCCGGAACACCUACGGACUCAAGAAGCACCGGCACGGCCACAAGCUCGAGCGCCUGGCCGCCCUGGCACACAAGGACGCCUGAGGACGGUGCGCGGCGGCAGCGGUGGGCGCCCGAUGGGACGGGGAGGUGG